UUCAGUAGUUGAGAAAUUUUUAGCUAGACAAAAUGUAUAGUCUUGUUAAUAGUAAUUUUAAUAGAAAUUAUAAUCCAAGUGGGAAGCAAAACGCAUUAUCAGAUAUUAAGCGACUGCUGACGUGUCGCGAUGUACUUGCACAGAAAAAAGCUUGCGUAUGCAUCGCUGACGUCAUAGCUCGUUACAACAAAACAUCAAUGGAAAGGGCGCGAAUGAUUGAAUAUUUAUUGGAAAACGACAUAACAGUUUUCCUGUGCGAAGCUACAUCAAACUUAGAUUUUGACUUGUUUGUUUCAAUUUUGAACUGUAUUCGCUUAUUGUGGACCACGAGUAGAUUUUUUUCGGAGGAACACGCCGCUCACGCCAUGUCCGCUGUAGUGAGGAACUUGGCGCAUUACGCCAGCAUUGGACUCAAGCCAGCCGUUGAUUCUUGUCUUAACUUUCUUGACGAUUUACUCAAUGGAAUUACACAAAACAAGACCGCAGCCCCUCUAUCUCAUCAAAGCGCUUACAGUCUUGUCCAGCUCUUAGCUUGUUUUAACGCUUUACCUACCCACAUCAGUUCAAACCCAAACAGCAUCUUAUCCAGCGCUUUAGUGCUGCAUGCCCUAAUCUCCUACCAACCAGAGGACAUUAUUAUAAAGAGUUCUACCGCGAUAAUACUAGGCGAGGUUUUAAAGAAGUGGUUUCAAAUUUUAAUAGAGUGUUUGAAUCGCUCUUUGUUGAUCGAUAAUGGACUUUCUGGAAUGUUCUACGUUGUUUUGUGUCAACUCGGUUUAGAUGUUUUAAGACUUCAAAAACCUCUAUGUAAUGGAAGUCCAAAGACGAAUUUCGUACAAACCAUACUAACAGAUGAACAAGAGUUGAACUCAUUAAAACAGAGCGCAAUGGAAAUGUGGGAUAAUGCUGUGCUAGUCUUGUCUGAACUUGUUGCCUUCACAAAGGACCAUCUAAAUCAAUUGUCCACCGAAGAGUACAGCGUAUUCCUGAAAUUUCUUCUAAACUAUUUCUAUGAGAGUAAAAACAGUGAAUCUCUAUCUGAUUUCUGCGACAUGCUAUUCACGAAAGGAUAUUUAAUUAUACUACCCAAAGUUCAAAUAGAUAGAAACGACGCCUUAGUGCGCAAAGUAAGCACUCUUAUACUAAGCGAGAUGCUGAAAGUAUUGUCUGAUAAAUAUCUGAAUAUUGAGAGUCAGAACGGGCCAUGUGCCAAAGACAUACAUAUGAGUCUAGUAGAGCUACAAUACGGCAUAGAAAAGCCUCAUAGUAUCGGAGCUCAAUUACAGAAGUGUCAACCUUACAGUCUACUUAUAUACAUCUACUUCUACUGCCAGUCUUCAGAAAAUCCAGGAGAAGCGACAGCUCCCCUACUGCCGUACCUAGUUGAGCACGUGCUCCGUCUGCCUAAAGGCUUCAAGCCGCCUCCGCACAUCAUAAAAGCGUUAUGGCUUGUUUUUGCUAUGGCGACAAUAUCGAACGGCACUCUGGAUUCCCUCGAGGAAAGGGUGUAUUUAGAAAAAGCUAUUGACAGGUUUAUUGUCAUGCUACAACCGGAUCCUUCAGUGUAUUACACCCAUAACCCGGCUCUAUUGCUUUGGGCGUUCACAUCUCUCAGGAUCCCGGAUUAUGUCAAGUUACAUGUUUUAUCCCAAUGGUUAUUAACUGAAGACAGCUUCCCGACUGAGCUAACAACAGAACCGACUCUACCGGAGUUGUUACUGAACGUUCUCGUACAUAAAAAAGACUCUACAAUAGUAGAGAACUGUGUGAAGGCUCUACGAAUGUACGUUGAAAAUGAGGGCAGUAUCGAAAUAGCCGAUCUCGUUUGGUCCAUGUUACCUGACGUAUUAUCUAAGGCUUUGAUCGAUGAGUGUUGUUUAGAGUCUAAUGUCUGCUAUUUAUUGGACUUCGCCACGUCCGCUCUCCCCUCGGAGCUGGACCAGACCGGUUGCGUUAAAACAGCAGUACUGCUCUCAGCACUGUACUCGAACAACGAUUCCGACUACGACUGUCGCUAUGAAUACGCUUGCUUGAAACUGUGCCUGUACCUGUUAGGGUUGGCAAACAAUCAAAACGAUAAUCGAGUUUUAUUAACGUACGUAAAUCGCGAGGGCUUCCUUCCGCGAGUUCUACUAGCCACAAACAGUAGAGACGAUAAAGUUGCUUGCGCGUCUCUACAAUUGCUCUCGUACAUAGUACAUUACUUCAACAAGAACAAUUACCAGCCAAAAACGUUACUACAAAUAGAAUCGAAUUUUAUAAUAAAUUCUCUAAGGAAGGACUGCAAUAAUGAGCGCGGGGCUUCAUUGUUGCAAUUAGUCUAUAUGGUACUGAACUCUGGGGUUAACUCACCGUUGUCGUUGGCACAUGAGCCGGGGCCGUGUGAGCCUCAGCAGUGGAGCGCGCUCAGAGCUCUGAUGCUGAGGGUCCAGCUGAUGCUCUGCAGUAGGGAAUCAAAAACUCAAACAUCAGCCGGCUGGAAAACGUUAAGUACAAUAUUCAAACACGCAAUUGUCACUAAAAACGACACUAAAUUAGUGGCGAUUUUAACGUCACAACCCUGGACCCACGUUCUAAUACAAUUUCAACUGACGCAGAACACGACCAUAGAGUUCUUAACGUUCGUACAAAACUGGCUGACUCUACUGAAGAUCACUUUAAAGAAGAGCCAAGACGAGAAAAAAAUUCACCCGAACAGACAGAGUCUGGUGAUCAAAACUUUGUUAAUGAUCAAGAAGAAUACAGUCGAUGAAGAUGACUUGAAAGAAAUAAACAAUAAAGUUCUGGUUGUCGUUAAAGAUAUUUUAGAAGAAUCGAAAGUGAGAAUUAGAAAGAACUAAUCAUCGUGAAGAGCACAAGUUAAAUUUGAACUUAAUAGUCGACCUAAUUGUUUUAUUUAUGUUUCAAAUAUGUUUUUGAUUUAAAUACAAUCACAGUUCGAGCAAUAGAAAAGAAAAGAUAUUUGGGAGCCGCUGGAACUCCUGCUCAGGUCCAUUCAACAUAAAAUGGUCUUUAAGUUCAUCUAUUCCCGUUACAGUAAUAAAAGUACACAAAUACAAACAUACUUGAUUCAAA